AUGAAAUAUGGUAGAAUAGAUAUCCAGGUUACUUGUAAUCAUUUGCGUUGGCAUUGGCAUUCUAUUGAAGUAUUUGAGGUAUGCUUUGUGGAAAUGAGUUUCAGAAGGAUAAAGGCAAUUCGAAAAUGUGAGCUUCUCACAACCAGGUUGGAGUCGCCACUUCUAGAUAGCGAGAAGUUUCAACAAUGGGUUGGGGUUGGGGUAGGUCGAGUUAAGUAUCAGAGACAUAUUCCGAUAAGCUUGCAGCAAUACAGAGCUCAGUUGAGUUUGCCAAAUGAGAGAGAGAGACUCAAACGGGCAUUUAUCGUUUUUGUUCUUGGGUUCAACAUCACAUUCUUCGCUCUUAAGGGAUUGAAGUGCCAAUCUUGGAGCCGUUUCUGUCUGCGAAGAUCACAUCACCUGCCUUCCCGCCUGCAUUCUUGGAGAUGUUGCCAUGUUAAAGGUGAAAAUUCAGAGGGGGCUUUAAGCGGUGAAAGCAUUGUCUUGGAUGAACAAACAUUAGAACAAGAACUGCAGAUGGCCAUUGAGGAAGAAAACUAUGCUCGAGCGGCAAAAAUCAGGGAUAGCCUCCGGCUUCUUCAUGAUGACGGCAAGGCUUCUGUGCUAGCAGCAAAUAAUCGGUUUUACAAUUCGUUCAGGAAAGGAGACAUGGCUGCCAUGCGAGCCCUGUGGGGAAAAGGGGAUAAUGUGUGUGUUGUACAUCCUGGUGUGGGUGGGAUAUCAGGUUACGAUCUCGUCAUGGGAAGCUGGGAGUUUGUAUGGGCAGACUAUGAAUUCCCGCUUGAGAUUGAGGUAAAAGAUGUUCAAGUUCAUGUCAAAGGUGACGUUGGGUAUGUCAAAUGCAUUGAAGUGGUUAAGACCAAAGGCAGCAGUUGGGGGAAACAGUAUGUAAUAAACGUGUUUGAGAAAAUUGAUGGUCAGUGGUGUAUUUGCAUUCACCAUGCUUCAUAUGUUGACUUGUGAAGCAGAUUAAUUGUAAUCUUUUCUUCGUCAAGAUAACAUCAUCUCAUUAGU